UCCCGGUUUUCUGCUUCCCACCAGGAAGCUGAGCGGAGUCAGGUGCUCAGAGUUAUCCUGGCAAUAUGCAGUGCACUACAAAUUGUGGUCAUUUCCUUCAGAUGGGAACUGUUUUCCAGCUUCAUGAGAGAUCUGAAGUAGAUUUGAGGAGACCCUAAUGGACUGGGUACAGCCCUCAAUGCCUGGAUGCUAGGAAGAAUCUACUUAAAGCAAGCAGAAGUACUUCCCAGACUGAAACCCUGCUCUGCUGCAUCCAAGCAUUAUGUGUAGCUUAAAACAGCAGUUUCUUGUCACACCUUUGGUUGUACUAAGUGCUGGUCUCUGUGAGAUACACCUUGGUUAUGGCUCACCAUGUACAGAACUGAGGAUCACCCUUACUAUUAAGAUACACAGUUUUAUAACAGCAGUUCCUGAAAAGCUCAGGAACAAAACACAAUUCCAUGAACUUCCCUUUUGUUUGAUCGAUUCAGCUGGGAAGAUGUGAGGACAUUUCCUUUGCUAAAACCCCUCUCAGGAAACAUCCUCUCUGAGCAGUGCACUGGUUAGUGAGAGCACAUCAUUUGUACCCAUCCCCUGUGCUGAUGAAAACAAUGCAAACCUCGGCCUACUCUGCUAAAUAUAAAAUGAAAGCCUCAGUUAAAGAAGUUAAAUUUGAGCUGUGGCUUCACCUGUUUCAGUGCAAGUGCUUGUGGCUGCACUUUAAAUAGGCUUAGAGCUGACCUCCCUUCUCCUUUUAGAGCAGGAGAGUCUGAUUACAGGCAAGUGAAGGGAGUAAAAUCAGUGUGAGGCUGUUGUGCCGUCAGUCAUCUGCUUGUGCUCUGUUAUAGUAGGGUGUUACUUGAGGCUCUGCAGACUUGCUGCAAGGAUGUCCCAGCUGAGAAUCCCAGAGAUGGAUGAGGCAUUGCGCUCCUUCGCAGAGAAGGUCUUUGCCUCUGAGGUGAAAGAUGAGGAGACCAGGCAAGAGAUCUCUCCUUUUGAUGUGGAAGAGAUCUGCCCCAUCUCACGCCAGGAGAUGAGAAAACACAUGAUACUUCAGGAGAGCACUGUCACGUCAGAAAAGAGGAAGAAGCGCUUGUUCCGCAUGAAGACGAUUGCAUUGGCAGUGCCUGUGGCUCAUAAGUCUAUAACCAAACUAUCCGCUAUCGAAGAGGUCAUCUCCACCUCCCCCCUGUACCAGACUGUGCCUGACUUCCAGCGGGUACAGAUCACAGGGGAUUAUGCCUCUGGGGUGACAGUGGAAGAUUUUGAAGUUGUCUGCAAAGGCCUGUACCGUGCACUGUGCAUCCGGGAGAAGCACAUGCAGCAGUCCAUACAGAGGUUCCCCAGGACCCCGUCCCAGUACCUGCGCACUAUCGAGGGCGAGGUCUGGAGGGCUAGUGAUACUGGCCCAGGCCCAUUGUUCACCUCGCCAGUGAAGGAUGGAGAGGAUCCCUUUGACACUGGGAAUCUUGGUGAGGACCUGGGAUACCACGUUCAGAUGAAGGAUGGUGUAGUUUAUGUCUAUGAAGACAAGGCAGCAGCCGACAGAAAUGAGCCAAAGAAUCUGCCCUACCCCAGCCUUGAACACUUCGUUGAUGACAUGAACUUCCUCUUGGCCCUGGUUGCACAGGGGCCUGUUAAGACCUAUGCUCAUCGGCGCCUGAAGUUCCUCUCAUCCAAGUUCCAAUUGCAUGAAAUGCUAAAUGAGAUGGAUGAGAUGAAAGAGCUGAAGAACAACCCCCACCGGGAUUUCUACAACUGCCGGAAGGUGGACACACACAUCCAUGCUGCAGCCUGCAUGAACCAGAAGCAUCUUUUGCGUUUUAUCAAGAAAUCCUACUUUGUGGAUGCUGACCGCAUAGUUUAUGAUGCCAAGGGCAAACAGCUUACUCUGAAACAGCUUUUCCAACAGCUCAAUCUGCAUCCCUAUGACCUGACAGUGGAUUCUCUGGAUGUCCAUGCUGGACGUCAGACAUUCCAGCGCUUUGACAAGUUCAAUGACAAGUACAACCCCGUGGGUGCCAGUGAGCUGCGUGACCUCUAUCUGAAAACAGACAAUGCUAUCGAUGGCGAGUACUUUGCUACCAUCAUCAAGGAGGUUGGAUCUGAUCUGGAGGAUGCCAAGUACCAGUACAUGGAGCCUCGCCUCUCAAUCUAUGGGCGAUCAGCUGAGGAGUGGCCCAAGCUAGCCAGAUGGUUCACCAAACAUCGCAUCUAUUCCCCCAACAUGAAGUGGAUGAUCCAAGUACCUAGGAUUUAUGAUGUAUUCAGGUCUAAGAAUUUCCUCCCACACUUUGGGAAAAUGCUGGAGAAUAUCUUUGUCCCUGUGUUUGAGGCAACUAUCAACCCUCAAGCCCACAAACAACUGAGCGUCCUUCUACGCCAUAUCACUGGCUUCGACAGCGUGGAUGAUGAAUCCAAGCAUAGUGGACACAUGUUCUGCACUAAGAGCCCAAAGCCAGAGCAAUGGACUUCGGAGAAGAACCCAUCCUACACCUAUUAUUUAUAUUACAUGUAUGCCAACAUCCUGGUGCUGAAUAACCUACGCAGGCAGCGUGGCAUGAACACGUUCCUCUUCCGUCCACACUGUGGGGAAGCCGGGGCCAUCACACAUCUGCUUACAGCCUUCAUGACAGCAGAUAACAUCUCACACGGUCUCAACCUCAAGAAGACCCCUGUGUUGCAGUACCUGUACUUCCUUGCCCAAAUUCCCAUUGCUAUGUCCCCACUCAGCAACAACAGCCUCUUCCUGGAGUACGCAAAGAACCCAUUGCCUGACUACCACCAGAAGGGCCUCAUGGUGUCCCUUUCUACAGAUGACCCCAUGCAGUUCCAUUACACCAAGGAGGCCCUCAUGGAGGAGUACGCCAUCGCUGCCCAGGUCUUCAAGCUCAGCACCUGUGACAUAUGCGAAAUUGCCAGGAACAGCAUCCUGCAGUGCGGCCUGUCCCAUGAGGAGAAAGCCAAGUUCCUGGGUGACAACUACCAGGAAGAGGGGCCCCAAGGCAACGACAUCCGGAAGACGAACGUGGCUCAGAUCCGCAUGGCCUAUCGCUACGAGACCUGGUGCUACGAGCUCAACCUCAUCGCCGAAUGCCUCAAGAACGACUAGGGGCAGGG